CUCUCCCCGAUUUGCUCAUAUGAAACUUGUCUUCUACGGGCACCAGCUUUCGAACUUUCCAAUCCAAUCUCUCUUUCUUUUACAUUUUGAUUCUCUCGGAUACCAUUGCGAUCUCAAACCCUACAAAUUAUUCUCCGUAUCUUUUCCAAUCCCAUAAACUGCAUUUUCUAGUCUGGGAAAUUUUUUCGACCAAUUGUCUCGGAGGAUCUUGCACAGCCGACAAUUUUUCUUGGUGGGCUUUGUUUUCUGGGUGUUGAAAUUCAAAGUUGCUUUUAUUUCUUCCUUUUUCCUUUGUUACUUUUGCAAGAAGAAAUAAGAUCGGAGAGGAUGAUCGAAGGAAGAUUGUCUCCGAUUGGAACAUCGUGUUUCGUGGUACUGUGGCUUUAAGGAGUGGCUCUUUUUGUUUUGACCCUUGAAUGAUUUCUAGGUUUGAUUAGGGUUUCUGGUUAAGAAAGUUUUUUCCUUUGUUCUUUUAAUGCUUUGCAAGCUCCCUUUUUCUUGCUCAACUUUGCUUGGUAAUCUAUCAAAUUUCAGUUCUUGUUCUCUUUGUUUCUUUCCAGCUACUUUCAGUUUUCGCAUUUUUCUUUUACAUUUUCCGCAGUCUAAAUAAAAGUUUCAUGGAGAAGUUCGAAGUUUCUAAUUUGGUGCUUGUGUGUGUAAAUGCGCUCACGGUCAAGUAGGAUUGGAGUUUAAUACUUACAAAUUGGGCAGUUGUAUUAUUCAAGGAGCCAUUGAUCAAUACGAAUGAUAGUAUUGGUUGGCAUUGUGUUCACUCAUCCAGAAUGUUUGUUAGCACAUCAGGAUUAGUGGCUAUGUGUUUGCAGAUGGGGGCUUAUAUAGUAGUCUCAUUGCAUGUGUGAUUCACAGAAAUAAGGAAAAUAGUAAAGCAUUAUGGUUGCAAAAGACCAAAGACAUGCUACCAACUCUCCUACUCCCAAAGCAGAGGUGGGAGAGAUAGACACCAGUGCACCAUUUCAAUCUGUUAAAGAUGCUGUCAACCUCUUCGGUGAAGGUGCUUUAUCAGGGGAAAGACCUACCAUUAAGAAGGCAAAACCUCACUCUGCAGAGAGAAUACUGGCCAAGGAGACACAGCUCCAUUUGGCUCAGAAAGAGCUAAACAAGUUGAAGGAACAACUAGAGAAUGCUGAAACUACAAAACUGCAAGCCCUUGUAGAGCUUGAAAGAGCUAAAAGAACCGUUGAGGGUUUGACUCAAAAGCUGACUUCGCUUACUGAAUCCAAGGAAUCGGCCAUCAAGGCUACAGAAGCCACAAAGAACUCUGACAAUCCUAUUGGAACUAAUGGUGCUUUGAAACAAGACUUAGAAGACACAAGAGAGCAGUACAUGACAGUGAUUACUGAACUUGAUGCUGCAAAGCAAGAAUUAAGGAGAAUUCAUCAGGACUUUGAUGCUUCCUUGCAAGCAAAACUUGCUGCCUUCAAGCAGGCUGCAGAAGCCAAAGAUGCAGCCAAAGCAAACACGGAAAAAAUUACUGAGCUCUCCAAGGAAAUUUCAACCGUGCAGGAAUCGCUUGAGCAAGUGAAGCUUGCCACUUCAGAAGCUCAGCAAGAGCAAGCAAAGAUAUUUGCUGAAAAGGAUGUCCAGAUACAGUCAUAUAAAGCUACCCUAGAGGAGUCAGCACAGAAUUUGCAUGCUUUGAAGAAAGAAUUGGAUCCUGAACUCACCAUAAAUCUUGAAGCACGGCUGGCUGACAGAGUGAGUGAAAUUGGGGCUCUGCAAAAGCAAAUGAAAAAUGCAAAGGCUUCAGAUUUAGAUUCCAUGAAAACUGUCACUUCAGAGUUGGAUGAUGCCAAGGAGUCACUACAGAAAACUGCAGAAGAGGAAACCUCCCUGCGAAGCUUGGUGGAAGCUCUUAAGGUGGAGCUGGAUAAUGUGAAGAAGGAACAUGCUGAACUAAAGGCGAAGGAAGCAGAAACAGAAUCCAUUGCUGGGAAUCUGCAUAUAAAGCACCGGAAAGUUAAGUCUGAGCUUGACGCAUGCCUAGUGGAGGAGUCUAAAGCAAGAGGGACUUCUGAGGAGCUGAUCUCCACACUUAACCAGCUUUCUUCAGAAACCGCAAAUGCAAGGCAAGAAGCAGAAGAGAUGAAGACUAAAGUAGAGGAGUUGAAGAAAGAAACUGAAGCUACCAACAUUGCAUUAGAAGAAGCAGAAAAUAAGCUGAGAAUUGCUCUGGAAGAAGCUGAAGAAGCGAAAGCAGCUGAGGCAAGAGCCCUUGAUCGAAUUAAAGCCUUGUCCGAGAAAACUAAUGCUGCACACGCCUCAACCUUUGAGUCCGGUGCCAAUAUCACAAUAUCAAGGGAAGAGUUUGAGUCUUUGAGUCGUAAAAUUGAGGAGUCUGACGCAUUAGCAGAAAUGAAAGUUGCUGCUGCCGUGGCACAGGUAGAAGCUGUGAAGGCUAGUGAAAAUGAGGCCCUCAAGAGGUUAGAGGCAACUUGGAAGGAGAUUGAGGGUAUGAAGGGUUCAACCGAAGCUGCUUUGAAGAGUGCAGAGAUGGCUGAAGCAGCUAAGAGAGCAGUGGAAGGAGAACUCCGGAGGUGGCGUGAACAGGAACAAAAGAAGGCAGCUGAAGCUGCAUCUCGGAUUUUGGCAGAAACAGAGAUUUUGUCAGAAUCAUCACCUCUCCACUUUAGGCUUCAAAAGCAGAACCCAGCAGCAGAUAUUAUCGAGACCCAGAAAUUAGAGAAAGAGAAGAUGUUCGUUUCAAAGAAGGUACUUCUGCCUAGCAUCAGCAACAUCUUUAACAGAAGAAAGAACCAGAUUGAGGGUGGGUCUCCCUCAUACUUGCCUGGCGAGAAACCUGUGUGAUAUUUGGGUUUGCCAGACCUUUAUGCAUGGUUGAGAGUGGAACUUGUUUCGUUUUGUGUAUAUUUGAGACUGAUGGGAUUAGGUUCCCUUUCUCUCUCUCGUCUGUUUGGAGAGGAAGAAGAGGAACUGUCAGGAAAUGAGCUUGGUAGCAAGUUCAGGGAAGUGUGAUCUGUAAAUGAGACAAGCGAGUAGAUUAUAUUCAUUUGAAAGUUUACAUUAGAAAUCUGAGAUUUUUACUUUGGUA